AUGUCUUUCACACUGUUGCUUUGUAUAGCAAUUCUCAUUCCAGCUUGUCUUCCUUCUGCUCUACCAAGCAAGGUGUCGUCAAAUAAUAAGAGAAUUUCAACCCCAACUUGCUUAAAUGCUGCAUCGUCACGUAAUUGUUGGAAUGGUAACUAUUCGAUUGAUACAAAUUCGGAGGAGGCAUGGCCAAAUACUGGGGUUGUUGUUGCUUACACUCUUACCAUAACAAAUCAGACUAUGUCACCCGACGGUACACCAAGAUGGAUGUUAGUAGUCAACGGCACUUACCCAGGUCCCACCAUUACUGCAAACUGGGGUGAUACACUAGAAAUUACUGUUGUCAAUCAAAUAAUGACAGAUGGUGUAAGCAUUCACUGGCAUGGAAUUGUUCAGAAGAAUACCAAUACCAUGGAUGGUGUGAAUGGAAUAACAGAAUGUCCGAUUCCACCGGGUUCAUCCAAAGUCUACAAAUUUCUCGCAACCCAGCAUGGUACCUCUUGGUAUCACUCCCACCAUGCAGCCCAAUAUGGUGAUGGAGUUCUUGGAAGUAUAGUCAUUAACGGUCCUGCUUCGCUGAACUAUGACUAUGAUCUCGGUCCACUACCAAUUACUGAUUUCUACUAUAAGUCUACCUAUGAAGAAGGCCUUGUCUCUGUUAGUAAAGGUCCUCCAAAAGCAGACAAUGGCCUCAUAAACGGAACGAAUCGAAACCCUCACAAAACUGCUGGAGUGUACAAUCAGGUAUCAGGACUAGUUCCAGGAGCAAAAUAUCGUCUUCGAAUCAUCAACAUGAGUAUAGACAAUCAUUUCCAAGUCACUUUAGAUUCUCACUCUUUUCAAGUGAUUCAAACUGAUUUCGUACCGAUUCAGCCCUACACUACCAACACUAUCUUCAUAGCAAUUGGCCAACGAUACGAUGUUAUCAUUACAGCUGAUCAAACGCCUUCCAACUACUGGUUCAGAGCCAUUGUUCCCAAACCUCCGACACAAAAGGGGUUUGGCUGCGGUCAAAAUGCCAACAAUGGGUCUAUCAAUGCCAUUUUCUCGUACCAGGGUGUCGAAUUAUCGGAGCCAAAUUCCAAAUCUUUUCUUAUACCCCAAAGCUGUGAAGACGAGACUCAACUAGUCUCCUGGAAUGAGAAAUCCGUGCCCGAAAAUGAAUUCGUGUGGCCUACUGCCCAAGAAUUGAUCGUUACUGGGCCUGGAAGUAAUUCGCUCCCAAAAGCACCUGCACCGUAUGUCUGGAGUAUCAACGAUACAUAUAUGGAAAUUGAGUGGGAUAAGCCCACGCUCCAAUAUGUUGCCCAGGGAAACAAGAAUUACAACGUACACCAGAGUAUCAUUGAACUUCCAGAUGCAAAUGUAUGGACAUUCUGGAUUAUCAAAAAUGCUGCCGCGAUACCACACCCUAUUCAUCUUCAUGGUCACGACUUUUACAUUUUAGGGCAAGAAAAUGGUGUCAACUUCACAGACAAAUCUAGUUUAAACUUUGCUAAUCCUGCUCGGCGUGAUGUAGCUAUGCUUCCAGCUCUCGGGUAUUUAGUUAUUGCCUUUGUUACGGAUAAUCCUGGGGCUUGGUUAUUACAUUGUCAUAUCGCGUUCCAUGUCGGGGAGGGGCUUGCACUUCAAUUCCUAGAACGAGAAUUAGAAAUUGCGCAAAGAGUAGAUCUUUCCACUGUAGAUGCGGGAUGCAAGAGGUGGGAUACAUGGUAUAAUACCGAGCGGGUUGAUAAAGCUUGGAACACGGAAUUUGAUUCGGGUAUUUGA